AUCGAUCGUACCCUAUUUGAGCACAAACUGCGCAAUACCCUGGUUUGGAUUGAGAAGCGAAAGUAGAACCUCGUGGGCUUGAUGCUGUACGAUAGUCUCCAUAACUGCCCUCUAAAAGAAGAGACGAUCAGCCAUGAGACAUCCAGUGUAUUGGCAAUUUGGUCCUCGAGGCAACACGGUGCAUAUAAGCCACCACCUUCUGCGAUAGUGGAAGAUGACCCAUCUUUGCUACCUUCCCUUCGAGACACAGAACUCUAACUUUUAGCGUGAAAAAUGGGCACGUCGAUGUCCUCCCCCUUAGGACUGCAAAGUCUUCGGACUAUCGCUGGCAUCGUUCGUACAAUCAUCGAGGAAAUUCGGUCAUCGAGGAUCUUCGAAAAACCCCACUUUUGCCGACCUAAGACUGCCAGAGACUCGCAUCCUCAACGACAAGCUAGUAGGACAUCAAUGGCAGGGUGGCAGGACGACCCGCAGACCUUGGGAAAACACAGCGCGUUCCAGCUCUCGUCGCUGAUCAAUGCCUUCCGAGGCCUUCGAAACAGAGAUCAGGGGGCUGCACCAACGGGCGUGGUUGAGACCACCACUGAUAUCACUAGAUUCCCAGAUCCAAGCCCCCAUAACCCGUUCGUUUGGUAUAUGUCCCAGGAAAACAUCAUCAGGAAAUCGGGUUACGACAGCGAUGAAGAUGAAGAUGAAAAUCACUCGCAUCGCAAUGCAUUGUAUGGCUCCGCACGCGAGCAGUACAUUGCUGAAACUCGCGCAACCGUGAAGAGCAAUCUUCAGGAGGCGAAUUUGGCCCGAUCAAAGGGUGUACAUUGUCGCCAACAGCACCAUGGUCUCCACAGUGAGAGACCAGAAAACUAUCGGAGAAAGACUAUAGACGAACUAGAAUUAAUGCGAGAUCUCUUUAGGGAAGCCCAGUCAAGGCGUUGUGGUAAAGGUAGUCGCUCACAGGCAUACGAAGUUUGAAGUCUAGAGCCCCGUCCAUAGUCAGGUUGCAGCAGUUGUCGGUAAUGUACCACAUCUAUGAGAAAUCAUAAAAAAGAGGGUGACGUGGUCCAGCUGGUGUCAUGUUCAUCGGUGAUCGAUGCAUUAGUACAGUACACUUUUUCAUAAUGUAUAGCGACGGGAGCUGCCUUUUCG